AUGGGCGCCGCCACCGCCAUCCUACUGCUUCUCCUUGCCGCCGCGUCUCCACGCGACGGCGGCGCGACAAAGUACACGGUGGGCGAAUCCGAUGGGUGGACCAUCGGCCCCAACUACGACGCAUGGUCGCAGCAGUACAACUUCACCGCCGGCGACACGCUCGCGUUCAACUACGUGCCGGUGCUGCACGACGUUUACCAGGUGACCCAGGACGCAUUACGGACGUGCCAGUCGGCGGCGGGGCAGACGGUGCGCAUGUGGGCGUCGGGGAGCGACGUCGUCGACCUCGCAGCGCCGGGGGACUACUACUUCCUCUGCAAUGCCCCCGGACACUGCUUGGGCGGCAUGAAGCUCUCCGUUUCCGUUGCCGUUGCAGUGACCACGCCGCCCCCGCCUCCUCCGUCGCCGUCACCGCCGCCUCCAGCGUUGCCAACGCCCGCGCCUCUACCGUCGAGCUCCGGCGCGUCGUCGCACGGACGGCUCGACGUGGCGGGUAUUUCAUGUCUCGCUGUCACCGGGUUGUGGAUUAGCUUUCCAGGCUGGAGUUGA